AGUCCGCUGUCAGCUAGGCACGGUCAAGUCAGAUGUCAAUCGCUCAUUCGCGAAGUAGCAGACUUGUCGACUAGUUUAUUAACAAAGCCAUUAAUUAUUUUAAUUUAAAGUUAUUCACAGUAAUGAUGUUUUUUUAGUAUUUUGAAAAGUGAUUCUAAGUAUAUACGACCAUGGGCUACGAUAUCGGGUGGAUAAUUCCGAGAUUGCGGAAUCCAGGACGACUUUGGACUUGUGCAAGUACAAUCACAUUGGCCGUUGUGGGAUUAUUUAGCAAGAUUAUCAUAGAGUUCCUGAAUAAGACAACGGUGUACAACAGGGAGAUCCUGACGCGCGCCGUGCACCGGCCGGAGGGCGUGCCCCUGCUCACCGUCUCCAACCACCACUCGUGCUUCGACGACCCGGGCCUCUGGGGCGUGCUGGACUGCGUGGCGCUGAUGCGCGGGUCGCGCAUGCGCUGGUCGCUGGCCGCGCACGACAUCUGCUUCACCAACGCACUGCACUCGUACUUCUUCGCGCUCGGCAAGUGCGUGCCCGUCGUGCGCGGCGCCGGCGUCUACCAGCCGGCGAUAGACUUCUGCAUAGAGCGGCUGUCGCGCGGCGAGUGGGUGCACAUCUUCCCCGAGGGCCGCGUGAACGUGGACAAGGAGCACAUCCGGUUCAAGUGGGGCGUGGGGCGGCUGGUGGCGGCGGCCAGCGCGCGCGGCCCGCUGCCGCUCAUCGUGCCCGUGUGGCACGAGGGGCUCGACCGCGUGCUGCCCAACCAGGAGCCCUACCUGCUCAAGUUCCGCAAGCGCGUCUUCCUGCACGUCGGCGAGCCCAUACAGAUACACCACCUGCUAGAUAGGUUAAAAGAGUCGAACGCCAGCGAGGAGGAGACGCGCAAGGCGAUCACGGACCGCAUCCAGGACGAGCUGCUGCGGCUGCGCGAGCGCACGCACGCGCUGGUGCGGCGCGCGGCCGGCCGCGCCGACGGGCUGCUGGAGGGCCGCACCGACGUGCUGGUCAAGCCGCCGCCGCAGCCGCCGCAGCCGCCGCAGCCGCCGCAGCCGCCGCAGCCGCAGGCCAACGGCAAGCAGCCGCACCUGGACCAGUAGCCGCGUGCCGGCGGCCGCUCGUACUCUACGAGGUUUUAUACGAGUCUCUGUACCGUCGUCGCGGCGGCGGCGCCACCCGGCCGCGUGGCGGCCGGCGCACUGUUCCAAUACUCAGUUUUAUCUGUUCAACCGAGAUACUGCAUUUUGUCGUGUCUCGCCGAGAUCACGGGCAGUCGGUGCAACGAAGUAAUUUAGAGUGAGCCCGGCGCCCGUGAGCUCGGCCGCCCGCGGCGGGCCGACUGCCGUCGCCGCAUUUAUAUCAAACGAACCGGCAUUAUUUUAUUUUAGUAUUAUUAGGUAGCUAAUUUGUCGACACGGCAGCGGCAGCGCUCGCGGGCUCGCCCGCUGACGUCGACACGUUAGGGCCCGCGGCCCGUUCGCUGGCCUGUAGACACGCAGGCAUGCGGCGGGGCUGGUCCCGGGCAGGCCGCGGGCGCGCCGCCGCCGUGUCGGCGCCCGACCGCCACUUAGUUUAUUCGUAAGUUAUAUUACGUGGAAUAUUAUCGAUAAGGUAUCCCGUGGACUCAUAUUUUGUAUGUAGUGACGUGCGUCGGCGUCUAGUGCUCGACUCGAUAUAUAUAUGUGUGUGUGUAUGAAUGUGUGGGUGGUGUGUGUGUGCAAGCGGUGCGACUGUACACGAGGGGCGCGGGGGGAAGCUUCUCGGUAACCUAACCUUGUUUAUAAUAAGAGUCCGUUUCGAUUAAUACAUUAAGACCCAAUGAGCAAGUCCUUGACAUAUUUUUUUAGAUUGUAUAAUAUUUGUUAUCCCUAUUGGUCCUAGUGUUGCCGACUGAGUGAGCCCUCCCCCCCCCCCCCCAUCCCUCUGUGUAUAGUGACGCCACGUGUAAACAAAAUAAUAUAAAAAUCGAUAUUUUUCAUGUGAAGCGAUUUACACUAUAUCAUUCUCUAUUCUUUUAAUCUCUGUUAAAUUGUCUAUGACAUUGUACAGCGGUGUAUAUAAUGUUUAUAGCGUGAGUGUUGCGACCCGAGCCGAGCAGAGGGUGCAGUGUACGGUACGGUAUCACUCCCAAUGAGAAUAGGAACAUAUGAAAGGGAAAUCAUUUACAAGGGGAAAGUUAUACCACCUUGUUCAUAAAAACCUUAACGUCAUCAAUAGGUAGGCCAUCUAUUUUAACGCUAUUAAUAGUACAUUACUGCAGCGGUCAGCAACUGAGGCAUUGAUGGACGAACGUGCAAAUGUGGGUCGAGACAUAGCCGAGGCACACAUACGUGAGUCCAUCAAUGCUUAGUUGUGGCGAAGGCUUGUAUAGUACUUUUCUCAAACAAUGCGCGGAAAUCAAAAACACAAUUUUACUUUUUAAUUUCAAUGACGAAUAACGAACAAUAAUAAUUUUUAACGCGCCAUAAUGUUCCUUUGUUUUUUUUUUCAAUAAACAGCUUUCUAAAGCAAGCAAGCCAGUUCGAAAUUUAAAUAAAACCUUUUAUUAAUUACCUCCUUGGUAGCCAUGUUUCGAAGUAAGAGGUCAUUCCAUUUUUAAAUUACAGGACAGAUAUGAGUUUACAUAGUAAUUUAUCUGGCCGCUAAACUCGACAGAUAUGGAUUUUCAUACAACUUUUGCCGGCCGCUGCCCGCAUGUAUCUGGCCAGUACGGCAAUUUUAUCUCGAAGAAGAUUGUCAAAAUAAUGCUCACAUUUCCAUGCAUGUUUGAGAAAAUAGUAUUUUCUUUUUAAUUAUAUUCUUUAUUCAAAUGAAGGUGAUAAAUUCUCUCUUAAAAUAACAAAGGUAUUUAAUUAUUAUUAUUUAGCCUACCUAACUACAGUCACCAACCCGCCUGCCAAUCAUGACAAGUACUGGCUGGUACUCCCCUUACGUCGGAGGCUUAUGUUCAACAGUAGACCGUCAACAUCUGAUAUGAUUUAGCCUACAUUGCCCCACGGCACGGGAGCGGCCUCUCCCCCCGCUCCACUUAUAACGGUCCAUGGAAUGAUCGCUCCAGUCUGUACAUGACAAUGUAUGCAUGUUUUCAACUAAUCUAUCCAUCCGUAUCAGCCUGCCACUUUUAGGCUUUUGUAGGCCCAUUUGGUUGUAUUUCCUGACCCGGCAACUAUGGAUAAUUAGAUAGAUAUUGUCACCUAGUCCCAUUUCAACUAUAGGUAUCUAUUUGUCUUUACAGAGUUAUGUGUUUACAGUAAUAUUAUAACUGAGACGUCACUUUGGCGGGAAGUGACAGCCGAAUUUCUCCUUACCUGGAAUUGCAUUCCAAAUUGAGCGGUAAAAUUAUAAGAAAAAAAGUUUAAAUUCUGUAAAAAAAAAUAUGUGUAUUGUGUAAAAUCGUUCCUAUUCUUAUUGGGAUCGUACUAUAUAUAAAUACAUACAUAGGUAGUGAAUACAAAGAGCUUUCGUAGCAGCCGCCGCCGCGCGCCGGCCGCCUCCUCCGGACGAGAUUUUGAUAUCGUGUUUUUGACUAUUUUUACACAACUUUACAUGUUUCGUAUGGUUCACACCCCGUAGGAUAACGGGCGGGCACCGCCCGUCGUAGACACUGUCACCGUUUGUAUCGAGUCCAUCUCAUGUUCCGUGAGCUUGCAGUGAAUCAUUUUGUGUGGCGAGACACACAAUUGUUAAGAUUCGAUGUAAAUUGUUAAAAUCUAUUAUUCUAUGUAAUUAUACUUGUUUGCAUAAUAUUUUUCCAUUUUUCAACACAAUUAUAUUAUAUACUUAUGAAACACUAAUGUCGCGCACAAAACUUUUUUUAAUAUGGUCACAUGUAGGUGUUGCCAGUGUUGCCAACUCUACAAGUCGACACACUCGUUCGUUCAAAGGAUAUUGCCCUGUUUAAAGGGAGCUAUUACACUAAAAAUAUAAUGUGAACAUAAUCGUGUAGCUCAGUUUUGCGUUUUCAUUUUAUAAUUGUAUUUAUUGAUAUUUUCAUUGCUACAUGCAUAAGAUAGCACGAGACAACAUAGUUCAGCAUCUUGUUCUUAUGCGUGCGGUAACGAAAAUGUACCUAUUGAUAUAAAAUUUUCCAUUUGACUAGAGUGCUGUUCGUUCGUUGACUAUGAUAUAUUUAAAAGUGUAAUAACUCUCUAAGGAUGUGUCGUAUUAAACCUGCGACAUAUUGCACAAAUAAUAAUGUAUGUGCGCGUCAAAAAAAGAGUGUGACUAUUUUAUAUUUUAAUUAUUAUCACUUGCAUAAUCAUGUUGUUUUGUGCGGCGCUGUUGACUUAGUCGGCCGAGCGCCGCUGCUUUCGUGAGCGGCAAUAUUAUUGUGAAUUGUAUUCAUUGUUUAGCAGCGUCGUCGAACAUAUUACGAGUACAUGCAUGGUCUGAAAUAUUUUUCUAUCGUUUUGAUGGAAAUUUUAGAAUAUAUAACAUGUCAUAAGGCGUUGACGCCAUUACUCUUAGCCAUCUUAGUCAUGUAGAGAGUGUCAAUAUAGUGGCACAUUAUUUUUUGAAACUGGCAACAUUAUGAGAGUAAAUAAAUGCGUAGGUGAACACUGCGCGCGCGCGGCAUAAAAUUAAUAUCGCCCACAUCUGUUUUUCCCCGUUUUGAGAAGGGACAUAAAUUUACAAAAAGCAAAUGUUAAUAAAAAUGUUUUAUAAUGUGUGGUCGGCGACGCUGCGUCCCCGUUCCCGUGUCUUCUCCGAGAUGUACCUCUGUCACGCGACUGUCCUAUGAAUUGUUACCAAAUUAUAUUUAUAAAUCAAUGUUGUAUAAGUACGUACCUAUUUUUAAUAAUAUUCUAAUGUAAUUUCUAUAUUCUUUUAUAAUAUCUGUUAACGUAGUCUUCCGUGCGAUUUGUGGAUAUCUAGUUAAUUUGUAUGUGAUCACUGUUAUACGCGAACCACCUCGUCCUUCACAGAACUGUAGUUCUGCCAUUUUAUUUUUUCUAAUUAUAGACAAGUGCCAUCUGUACUGAAUAACUGAACUGACGGCUAAUGGUGGACAUUGGAUGAACUGUCCGCGAAAUUAUAUAUAUAUAUAUAUAUAAUAAUAGACGAGGCUGUGUGGGUGGAGCCACUGGACUGUCGCCGCCGCCUAACACUGCGACCACAGAAACAUAUCUUCUGUAAUACAGAAACGAAACGCCACUCACUGACUCGGCACAUAGCUGCGGGAAACGACCAUUUAGUUUGCUUUAGCUCCAGAGGAGCGGUUCCAACCUUUCAAUCUAGUGGCCGCGUAUGAUCCAUUAGGAAAACUAAUUUUCCUUCUAUACAUAUCAAAUAAAAUAAUACGAGUGCAAAUUAAUUGUAUUAAUCAUAUAAAUAAUUAAUAUUAAAAUAAAAUUAUAAAUGAUUGAGUAAAGUAUCGCACAAAAAAUAAUAAUAAAUCAAGUGUAAAGGAAAAGCAAAUUAAUAUAGGUAAUUUGACAACCUUAGUGGUGUAAAGGAAUAACAUAGCGGCUUUUGGCCGCAACAGAAUAUAAGUGUUUUGCUCUUUUGAGGGUAAAUCAAUAAACUGAAUUGUGACCAUUUUAUGUUGCUGUGGCACACGCAUUGUCUUAUGUAUGUCUGUUGUUAUUUUUGUAUUGUAAGUGCUGCAAGUAAAUUACAUAUCUAUCUAUCGAUGCUGCCUCACCUUCUGAUGGUUGGAAAUUCAAAACACAAACAUUUUUAUAUCUGUUUUUAAUUAAUAAUUAUAAAAUGUAUAAUUACCAAUGUUACUGCUCUCGCAGAGUUGCCCUCGCAGGAGUAAUCUAAAUUUAGAAACCACCCUCUGACUAAAGUAUCUAUACUUAUGCUCUAUUUAUCGAGUCCAUACGCGGUACAGUAUAUGCAGGUAGCACGACGCGUCAUUCCUUGGUAAUUUGAAGGUCGCGACCCGAAAAUGACCAAAUAUUGACGUCUUAGCGUCAUAGUGGGUGGCGUGAGCUUACGGUGGUAGCGAGUUGCCGGCGACGGCGGCGGCGCAGCCCCGGACAGCCUCGGUUCCUUGUUGAUGUUUCCUGUUAUAAUUAUUAUCUGGUUUUUUGAGAAUCUACAACUUCACUUAAGGAAAAUAAAUUGGUGGACCUCAAA